CUUCAUGCAUGGCUGUUUGAAGAUGUGUGUGAUGACGGGCUGGUUUUUCUCCAGCAGCUUGAAAGUGACCUGCCUCGGAUGGAGCCGUGCAGGGUCUGCAGACGUGCUGCUGCCUCUUCUUUAAUCCCGAAAAGCUUGUUCAAGCUCCACGGCCCCUCUCUUCCUCCAGGCAUCAGGACGUAAACAGAAAAGCAAUUGUCGCAUUUGAAAGGUUUUGUGUUUUUGGCAACAAAAUGAUGAAACGCAUGUGUUGCAAAUCAAGACAAACUGUCGACUAAAACUCAUUUAAGAAGAAAAGCCAUCCUCUCAUGGUUCAAUUCAACAAGGGAGAAUAAUGAAGAUGGAACGAGACGCAGGCUUUUCUGCUCUCAGGUUGUCUUUAUGUCCCGGCUCACGCUUGUGUCACUGUGCCUGUAGCUACAGUGGAUUAAAGUUAAAUUUUAUCACUGUGAUUUACAGCGCUGUACACAAGGUUCCCAACCUUAUUUCCUAACAAUCAUCCGUGGACAAGUGGGGCUCAUCUAAUUUAGAACGCAGAUGGAUCUGAAAACUAAAUUGGUGACUUAUGUGAACAAAGUGGGUUUUUAAAAAAAAGAAAUCUCCAAUUACGACAGCUGCAAUUACUCCGAAUUUUUAAUAACAGGAAAUUAUUUUUUUUAAAUUGCCUGUUUUGAAUCAUAAUUUUAGGAGCUUUUAUUAUUUUGUAGCUUGAUUUGAUUCUAGUUUCAUUAUGAUUUUGUGUUAGUUUCUUACUUUGGUUGGAUCAGUCUCGUUCUUGCUUUCUUUAGUCAGGUCUUUCUUAGUGAUUCUAGUUUGUUAUGUUUAUUUCUAGUGUCUAGUUAUUCUUAGUUACUCUAGUUUAACUAUGUUUAGUUUGUUUUACUAUUAGAUUCAUUUUCUAGUCCCUAUACUCUCUCUCUCCUCAGUUUGCCCUCUGCUCUCUCCCCUCACACCUGCAAUCAGUCCAGGUUAAUUGUUUCAGCAAUCAACCUCCCAGUACUUUAGCACCUCUUUCUCAGCUGCUCUUCGCUGGAUCCUUCAGCUAUUUCCCAGGUUUUCCCAUAGUCUCCUUAUGUCUCCUGGCUGGCUUUUUUUGUUAUGGUUUAUUUUUGUUCAACUCUGGCUUCCUGUAUUUUUAAUUUGAUGUGGCUUGAAUUUUUCAGUUCUGAAAAGAAGAAUGGACCAAAAAACUGUGAACUGUUGCUGAUGACUGAAACUGAAAAAUAAUGUAUGAAUCAAAUACUGUCGAUUCAGUUUCAAACAGUCCUGUUUCUUAGUUUUACAAGCUGUUGUAGUCAGGGAAACGGCUCGUUUCAAGGAUUUGAUAUCUGUGUAAAUGUUCUGCGGGUGGGUGCAGCUGUGUAUUAGCCUCUUAUCAGGACGACUGAGAUCAUUAGACAGCGAAGCCAUCCAAAUGCCGAGUCAUCAGUUUUCCAUUCUGAUUCAGUGAAAACGUUUGUGGCAGCUGACGGGCAUCUUGGCUCGCUUCCUCACAAAUCCAUCUACUUAGCUAAAAGGAGGGUUCUAAGCAAGUCUGAAUUUGUAAUUAAAGCAUUUUAAUUUGUAGAAUAAGAAAUGGAAAAACUCACAAUCUAGCUAACAACCACUCCUCCCAUGUUAAUGCCAAAGUCUCUAGGACAUCUCAUUAAAGGAAAAUGUCUGUUCCAUAUCAGAGUUUGCUAUAAAUCACCUCACUGUUGAGGGUUUAUUGUGUUUGCCUCAACAAGGCUCAAGGCAAAAACCCUGCUGAACAAGGCAUCCUUCAUCAUCACUCUUACAGGUGAGGCCAAGGUCGCACGGCUUUGAUAAACGCAUUAACAUUUUGUGAACUUGGUCUGCGGAUAAAUUGCUCUCCUCUGACUCCUUUUUUUGUACAUUCAUGCUAGGGUUAGAUAUUAAUACGCUUUCAUUUCUUUGUGUUUCAUUUCUGUGUUCAUGGUGUUUGGUGAGGGGGCAACACAGGCCAGCACUGAAACGAAGGCCAGAGGGGAUCAAGUAAUGAGUUAUUAUACACAUCAGCAAAGGAGACGAGGCCGCUCAGCUCUGCCUGGUUGCCGGUGCUGCUCGUGGGCUGAUAACAUUCGCUGAAGCUUGACCUAAUUGGUGGUGGAAAAAAAUAUCCCAUCCAGACUUGGCUAAUGUGCACAAAACAAUAUGACAUUAAAUAGGACGAGUAUCACACUCUGCUGUGCAUAGUGGCUUGCAAAAAUACCCAUCCGUCUUUGGAUUUUAUGUGGUAGAGCAAGACAAAGCAACACAUAAUGGAAGAAAAAGCAGUAAGAAGGCUUAAUAUGUAUUUAGCCCCCUUCAUUAUAAAACCUCACAAUCCAGUGCAACCAGGAGUCAAUUAAUUUAUAGAGUCCACCUGUGUGUAAUUUAAUCUCCGUAUAAAGCUUUUCACAUUAGUGGACAAACAGCAACAUGAAGACCAAGAAACACAGCAGACAGGUGGUAAUAUAUUUGGAUCUUAUUGAGGAAGAUCCAAAUAAUGAUCCAGUUGAUACUUGUAUUAACAUUAAUUUCAUUCAGUAUUUAUCUGGACCCCUCCAAUGGGUUCUCUGAGCUUUCUCGCUAUCUUGCUGCAAUGUGUUAGUUCUUUCUGCUUUUGGUGUCUUUUAUUCUGCUAAAUAGUGAAAAGAGCGAACAUGACCCUGCUUUUUUGUUUUAGCAGGUGUGGAAAAGCUAAACGUAGUUAGCAAGAGACUGCAAAUACUGGGGUCUACUUAAUGUAAACGCAAAAACGGACAGCCAGAGCGGCAGGUUUAGAUUAAGGGGUUGGCUGAGUACAACGACAUGCCACACCUUUCAGAUUUCCUCCCCCCCCCCCCCCCCCUAUUUUUAUAAAUUUUAAAGAUGGUCUAUCAUUUCACUUCCACUUUAAAACUGCACUACUUUGUGUUGACCACAAAACCCCACAAUUGUUUUUUAUUCCUGUGACAAAAUGUAGAAAACUUCAGCAAGAUUUUGAUUUUUUUUUUUUUUUAGGUAAACAAAAGCAUAGUCACCACUAUUCAUCUGCUGUGUGUCAAACGUUCAAGAGGAAGGAAUGAUGAAUGUUUUUAAAAGUAAAUCAAAAGCUUCUCCACAAGGUAUUAGGAGCUGUUUCAAAAUCGCCAGCAUACAGAUGACCAAGUCAAGAGGUUUGGCCAGAGGGAGGCGCACCGCCUAUAUUUGAAUACAACAAUUAAGCAAACUGGUCUAACUCUGAUUAAACACUAGGGAGAGAGGAGAGAGAAACCCAUAGCCAAACGCAGACAGGUUUUUAAAAAAAAAAAAAAAAUCCUGUAGUGCUUUUAUAACUUUACAACCGAGGAGAUAACUUGUAUAUAGAUUGAAAUAGCCUGUUUGUUGCUUUUAUAGCUGCUGUGUGACAUAAUAAUUUACAGAGUCUGCAUAGUUUUUCUGCAAGGUUCCCCGUUGGACUGGCAGCCACUUCAUCAUCACGGCGUGCGUCUCCUUCUCGGCGCUCUAAACUGAUUAUCGGCUGAAGCGCACACAAGCAGCAGCAGCAGCAGCAGCAGCAGCAGCAGCAACCCGGCUGUGACACCCGUCCGACCCAGCUACAGACUGUGCUCAGGCUGGGUGGCUGCUGCACUGGCACCAUGGAGCAAAAAUCACCAAAACCCGGAGGCUCCGGCCGGGGCCAGGAGUCCAUGUCCUACCAGCGGAGGAUGUGGAAGAAUUUCCAGGAGAAAACCAAGCCGUGGCUCAGUCCGAAGCUGGGCUCGGAGCGCCGCGGAGCCGGAGGUGGCGCGGAGGGCACCAAGAAGGAGUCCGGCUUGUGGAUGUUCAAGAGGAAAAAGAAACAGCUGGACCGGGUGUUUUCGUCAUCGCAGCCGAACUUAUGCUGCUCCACUCCGGCGCCUUUUGAAGGAGACAAGCUCGCCGCUGGCGGAGGCGACGCGACCUCAGAGAUGAGCUCCGACUGUCAGGCUCUGGGGACAGGCAGCAAACCGGAGCUGACGGCCCACGGGAGCCCCAAACUCCCCGUGUCCCAGCUGAUGAUGUACCAGCAGAAGAGCUCCUCUCUCGGUUCGUCGUGCUUCGAGAAGCUGGUGGUGGAUCCCGCCGCGGAGCCCGGAGGAGAGGAAGAGCAGCUGCGUAAAAACGCAAGUGAUUCUGGCAUCAACAUUGUUGGACCUAGUAAUGCAGAUUCUCAGCCUCAUCUGCCUUGUCCAGCCAUGUACCAAUUGGAUAUUGUCUUGAAGAAAGGGAAAAAUCUCGCCAUUCGUGACCGGACAGGGACCAGCGACCCAUAUGUGAAGUUUAAAAUCGGAGGGAAGGAAGUGUUCAGAAGCAAGACGAUCCACAAAAAUUUAAACCCAGUGUGGGAUGAGAGAGUUAUCCUUUUGGUGGAAACUCUCAGGGAGCCUCUAUAUGUCAAGGUGUUUGACUAUGACUUUGGACUUCAGGAUGAUUUCAUGGGGUCAGCAUAUCUACACCUGGAGUCACUGGAACAUCAAAGGACGCUGGAUGUGACUCUGGACCUGAAGGACCCACAGUACCCUGAGCAUGACCUGGGUAGCCUGGAACUCACCGUCACUCUGUCACCAAAGGAAGGAGACAUAAAGGAUGCUACCAUGCUUUUGAGAAGAAACUGGAAACGAUCUAGUAAGUAUCAGAGUAUGAGGCUCUCGGAUGUGCACAGGAAAGCCCAGCUCUGGCGAGGUAUCGUCAGCGUCAGUCUAAUCGAAGGUCGCAACCUGCAGCCCAUGGACGCCAAUGGCUUCAGUGAUCCUUAUGUCAAGUUCAGGAUGGGUCAUCAAAAGUACAAGAGCAAGACAAUUCCCAAAACACUAAACCCGCAAUGGAGAGAGCAGUUUGAUUUCCAUCUGUAUGAAGAGCAGGGAGGCUACGUGGACAUCACAGUCUGGGACAAAGAUGCUGGCAAGAAGGAUGACUUCAUGGGCAGGUGUACUAUCGACCUGUCACUUCUCAGUAAAGAACAAACUCACAAGCUGGACUUGCCGCUGGAGGAAGGAGAAGGUGUUCUGGUGUUGCUGGUCACACUCACUGCAUCGGCCGCGGUUUCAAUCUCAGAUCUGUCCGUCAACAUGUUGGAUGAUCCACAUGAAAGGCGCCAGAUUAUGCAAAGAUAUAGCCUCUGGAGGUCGCUUCACAACCUGAAAGAUGUCGGCAUGGUGCAAGUGAAGGUCAUCAGAGCUGAGGGACUCAUGGCGGCAGAUGUCACAGGUAAAAGCGAUCCGUUUUGUGUGGUGGAGCUGAGCAAUGAUCGGCUACAGACACACACCGUCUACAAAAAUCUAAACCCAGAGUGGAACAAGGUCUUCACUUUCAACGUCAAGGACAUCCACUCAGUGCUUGAGGUUACCGUUUACGACGAGGACCGGGACAGAAGUGCCGACUUCCUUGGGAAAGUGGCUAUCCCUUUGCUAAAUAUCCAAAAUGGAGAACGCAAAGCCUACGUCUUGAAAAGCAAGGAGCUGACAGGGCCAACAAAAGGGGUCAUCUUUCUCGAAAUAGACGUGAUUUUUAAUGCUGUGAAGGCUGGUCUCAGGACGUUGACUCCCGUCGAACAAAAGUACAUCGAGGAGGAGCCUAAAGUGUCCAAACAGAUGCUUUUGCGCAACUUCAACCGAGUCAGACGCUGCAUCAUGUUCCUGAUCAACACAGGCUGCUACAUCAACAGCUGCUUCGAAUGGGAAUCUCCGCAGAGAAGCAUCUGUGCUUUUGUGAUUUUCACCAUUGUUGUCUGGAACUUUGAGCUUUAUAUGAUUCCUCUGGCUUUGCUUCUGCCGUUGGCCUGGAACUACAUUCUCAUCGCGUCGGGGAAGGAUACGAGGCAAGAUGUCCAAGCUGUGGAGGACCUGCUGGAAGAUGAGGAUGAGGAUUUUGACAAAGAUGACAAGGACCCUAAACAAGGCCCCUGGGAGGACAGCCAUGAUAAAAACCAUAUCCUCGAGGAUAUAUUGGCUUCCUGGCACUUUGAGUGGAUACGAGUGAUGGUGGACUCGGAGAGAAAGGGCUUCAUGAACAAGCUUUAUGCCAUUCAGGACGUGUGCAUCAGCGUGCAGAAUGCACUGGAUGAAGUGGCCUCCUACGGCGAGAGGAUAAAGAACACAUUUAACUGGACUGUGCCUUUCUUAAGCUGGUUAGCGAUUGUAGCUCUCGUUGUGGCCACAAUCAUAAUCUACUUCAUUCCACUACGGUUCAUCGUGCUGGCCUGGGGGGUUAACAAGUUCACAAAGAAACUGCGGGACCCUUACACCAUUGACAACAACGAGCUGCUGGACUUUCUGUCCAGAGUGCCCUCAGAUGUACAAAUGGUGCAGUACCAACAGCUGAAACUGGAUCCCAAUCCCAGUCCAAAUAAAAGGAAGAAAAACAACCCCGGGUAGAUCACUGCAUCCGCCCACGGACUCCUCUCUCCUUCAUUUCUUUUCCUGCUGGUUGGAUGCUGGACGCUGAGAAGCAAAGCCUGGGCUGAACCAUCCAUCUUCUAUUUAUAUCCUGCUUUAUUUUGUUAAACUUCAUUUCUCCCGUCAGUAGGCUUUACACUUUCUCUAAAUAUAAUUUUAUAUGAGCAUCGACUUCAAGAAACCUUUAACUCAUUAUUAUUAUUAUUAUUAUUAUUAUUAUUGUAUUGUACACAUUAUGUAUUGAGUCAUUUUUAUAUCAGCCAUCUGAGCUGCUGUGUCCUUCCCUCUGGGAGUGUGUGUGCUUGCCACAGUAGUCGAACAGGUUACAGUUAAAUUAUUUGUAGAUAAUUGAUACUAUUUAGAUUUACAUAAAUAUAAAUCCAGGCCUUAAACGAUCAUUCUCGACAUUUCUUUAGCUUGUACUAUAUAGCUUUGAAACACUUUUGGUGAAAUGUUUCUAUUUUCUAAUUGUUUUUUAUACUAUUACAUCCUUAUUUUUGAUCUCCUUUUGAAUGUUUUGAUGAUUUAAUGUUUUGCUGGCAGUAAUUUGUGUUGUUGCUAUCUAAAUUAGCAGGCAGAUUUCGUCUGUAGGCUCCAGGCAUGUUUCUUUACAAACAAGCGCAUCUCGGUAAAUUAAAAUAGUAUUAAAACGCUGGCUCUACCGAGAACCCUGAGAGCCACCAUGCACAGAUGUAUCCAGGAAAUGGCUGGCUGUGUGUUAAGCCACUCCAGAACCAGAGACAAUGUCAGAAGCGUCUUACCUUGAUGAAGAAAUCAAAGGACUGGACUGUUGCUGAGUGUGGGCUGCAGAUCUCUUCUUAGAUGGGGGCACAUUAGGUGGGUUUUACAUUUUAGAUUGACACCAAGCCUCUUAAGUCUGGUUUUUAUUUUCCAGCAGGACUCGGUAACAGCCUACACUGCCAAAAGUACCAAUACCUGCUUUAAUAACCACGUUAUCACUGUGCUCGAUCAGUCAGCAAAUUCGCCCCUUAGACAAUCUAUGAAGAGACUCCAGAUCCAACAGUUGAAGCUGAAGGGUCGCUAUUACAGUAUCAAAAAAAACAACAACAACAAAAACUUUUGUAAUUAGUCUUCUAUGAUUUUUUUAAACCAAACCAAGAAAUAUUUUACUGUAGGUAAUGAACUUGGAACAAUUUGCCAUUUGGAGCCAAAAAUACUGCAAGAAAAUAACACAAGUUUUAACAACAUAAUAUUCUAAUUUAUCGAGAUGCAAUUGUGAAAACAAAUCUGGACCAACAGGCCGUGAGCUCCUUUUUUAGUCACUAAACCAAUGAGUAGGAACAAGUUUGAUCAUUUGGUGCAUUGGAUCUCUAGAAAGUGUGCAGUUUAACCCUGUCAGCGUCAUCAGUCAGUCAGUACGACACCUUCUCAGUGAGGAGGCGCUGCAGACUGGGCCUGCUGUCGCUGUGCUUAUAUAGAUGUCACCCGGUCUAUGCAGAGUGUCAUCGAGCAGGCAGGCCUUUAGGCAGGCACAGCCCUAAUCUUGUUUGAAAGGCCGGUCUCUUUCCCUGUCAUCUCCCUGUGUGUUUGCCUUGGCGGCCACACAUGAAAGCGCUUACACACGAGGCGCACUUCUACAGCACGGGCACGCACGCCGACACAAAGAGCCCCAGCCUCUCUUUCUCCCUCUCAGGAGGGAAGAGAGAAAGAAGGCAUCUCUGGAAGGAAGUCUUGCACACUGUAACUACUUGCUCGCAGAUAAAACAACAGAGUGUCAUAUUUGAGCAGGAACAGUUUCUCCCUCUCAACCAAGCACAUACACACGCCCACGCCCGCCACGCAAACACACAAGCAGACAUGCAAACAUGCUCUCUAUGAUGCUGCGCCCCGGGCUGGCCGCCCUCUCCAUCUGCCCCACCUCCUGUGCCCACAGCUCAACUUUGAUCAGCCCUUCCAGAGACACGGGCGCGUAUGUGCGCCCUGUGUAUUUACAGAGGAGUGUUUGCAUAUACACGUUUAUGCAAUCAAAGAUUCUCCCAGCGUCAGUGUGUGGUACAAUUGCAUCUCCCCUCCAGCUCUAGACUGACACUCAGAUUCGAUGGGGUGUGCGUGUGCGCUUGUGUGUGUGUGUGUCUGGGUCUGGGUGUGUGCUGCAGCAGAGGCACCAGCUGUUUUUCGGUGUUGACUUUGUGGAGAUGCUUGAUGAGCAGUAAGUCAUUGUGUGACAAGACAAGGCUCUGAGGGGACUUAGGCCUGAGAUGUCAGGGAUGGAGGAAUAUUUGUGUGUGUGUGUCGGCGUGCGUGUGCAUGUGUUUUAUCCUAUUUCAAAACACACUUCCCGUCAUGCUUUCCCCGUUUGCUCUCUCUGCGGUUUCCUCAUUCGUCAGUAAGCAGGGUUGCGACCCUGUCUGAAGGGAUGGUCUCUUGGGCUUCUUGUAGAGCUUCUCUUGAAAGAUCACAGCACAAGCUAUGUUUGAGGAGGUCCUGUCUCAUCCUAUUGAUCCCUGCCUCCAUUUCCCACUGCCUCCACUUCUUUGUCUGACUGUCUUUAAGUCUGUAAAACCCCGGCUCACUGCAUCUAGUGUCGUCUUCUCCCCUCAUCUGUCUGUCUCUGUGCCGCCGCCUUCCACCUUUUGAAGCUCCGCUCUACUUCAUAAGUUUGUUUCCAUUCUCCGAUAAAUGAUUUUAUCGUCUGAUCCAUUUGGGAAGCAGUAAUAAACUUUUCUUUGCCACAAACUUGUUACUCGAGGGGAUGGCGUUUUUGUUUUGCCCGAUGAACUUCUUGAAUACUUGACACUUGUUUUUACUGCAACAGCGCCUGUACUACUUGUUGACACCCCUAGUACUGAGUAUAAAAAGCCUUAAUUUUUUUUUAUUGCAACAGGAUAAUCUCACACAGGAAAAAAAAUCUUUAGUGGGGAAAAUGCUAUAUUAAGAAAUCAGUACCUACUCUAACAGUUCCUAGUAAAUAGAUGUACCUGAACCAUUUUUAAAACAUAUGUUUAUAUGUUUUAAAUUGAUCAGAGUUUAUAAGAAACCCUACUUAGUAAUUGAUCACUUGCUGUUUUCUGGGGCAUAAAUAUGACUUGUCAUAUUUUGUCAACUCUAUGAAAACAGAAAAAUCAAGACGACAUGCCUUUUAUGUAAGACGGAUAUAAGUUGAUCUCCACAAGGUAGAAGUUUAAAGUGUAGACCAAUUGAAUGGUUUUGUUUAUUUUCCAUGCUUGUCUGUUUGCAGAAAUCAGGAGUUACCUGAGAAAUCAACACUAAAAAAUUCAAUACGUAGCUUCUUUUUUAAAAAAAAGAAACAAAUAAAAAACAACAUGGUGAUAAAUGAACCACUGUAUGUCUCCAGGUCCAUUUUCAGACUUCAGUAAUUUUUCAGGAUGAAUUCUAAGCAAGUGGACCUGAAUUCUGUCUAAUACCUUUUAUCACUUUAUCCACAGGAGACUCUGACUGUAGAUACAUUCUCAGAGGUUUUAAUGACUUUUUCUUGGAGAAUGUAUAAGAAAAACAUGAUCACCCAUUUAAAUGUUUAGUGCUUUAGUACCCAGCUGCAUAACCCAAUAAUAUUACAAGCUAGCACAGAUAGAAAAGCUGAGUUAAGUUCUUAUGCAGUUAUUUAGAUCGUAGUUUUCAUUGUUAAUGCCUCCUAUGACUGACAGACCUUUAAUUAUUGUCACAACCCGUUUGGUUUCUUAAUAAAUUAUGCUCACAUCAACCUGUAGCCAUUAAAUUUUUUUACAGUCGUUUCUCCAGUUUUGUAGUUUUCAUUUGCUGCUUUAAUGUGUUGUCCUGUUUCUUAAAAGUAUUUGUACCAGUGUUACCAAUUACUUUGCCAUUUGUGAGUUUACAAAAAUUAUUUCUUAGCCCCACUAAAUAAAUAAAAGUAAUAAAAUUUAAAGGUUGGAUUUUUAAAAAAUAUUUGCACUGUUAGAUAAUAAUGUUGCUGCAAUAGAAAAAAGAAAAGAAAAUCUGGCUUUUUUCAAAUCUUCACUUGGGGUAUCAACUAAUUUGUUUGCGACUGUGUGUUGCAGAUUUGUGAGUGUUGUGCGGUAAUGCAUCCAAAUGUCCCUUUUUGUUUAGUUUACGGUUUUGGCUGCGUUGACCAGCAAACCAAAGUGUGAUUUUUGUAUCACGUAGAGAAAAAAUGUAUAAGAAGAAUGUAUUGGGCUGAUAGCUGUCAAAGAAAGAGAAGCACUUUUAUUUGAAUGAGACUAUUUAUUUUUUAAAGAAUACUGUACAUAGCUAACUGAUUAAUGUAUGGUUGUAUUUUAUACAGUAUGCCUGUCGAUGUCCUGGUAACAAUACUGUAAAGUAGGUGUAUUGCCUGCCUUGAUUUAUUUUUAUUUUUUUAAAUAUUUGUCUUGUCUGCCUGCAAAAUCUUCUGCUUGUGACAUCAUCUCUGUGUGUCUCUUUACAACCAACAAGAUUUACAGACAUGACAGCUGGAAGGAAGGACAUAAUAUGAUGUAUACCUCUAAUUUAAGUAACGAUAAUCAUCUGAUAAAUGUGGCUUAUUUUGGGUCAAAAAUAGUGAAACAAAAACUUUCAAUUAAAUAUUUUUUAGCAACUUC